AGGAUUCGGGAAUGGGAGCGGCAUCCCGGAGAGGAGAACGGCGGUCGUCACGGAGACCGGGACGGCGAGGCUGGGCGUAGGUCAACGAGGUGCAGCCGCAGCCAGUCGGUCCGGCUGUCGGACAGACGGCGGGACUCGGACGCACCCAGAACCUGGUCUCCCAGGGAGACGCCCGACCGACACGUGCGCUUUCAGGACGAGCGGCGCCGUGGGCUCCCGAGCGGUCACCAUGACAACCGCAACAGCAGCGACAGCAGGGUGUGGGAGAUGCUGGGGCAGGUCCUCAGAGAAAGAGGCGUGGUCGUGCGUCACGGGGUCCACAGGCCCCCGCAGCAACCCCCGGCGCCACCCCCACCUCCCGCCACGGGGCCUCAAAGCCGGCACAGCGAGGUGCAUCAUGGGAGUGAGGCCCCCCACGGGGACCCCCGACCACACCAGAGGGACUUUGAACGAUCCUCCUCCGCCCGGCACAGUUACCAUGGCGGCGGCCGGGAGCGGAGGAGGAACUCCUCGAGGAGCGACGGAGACCACAGGGACAACCAAGAGAGGCAAGAUGGCCGCCCGGCCCCCGCGCAGGACAGGGACGCGCCAGGGGUCGACAGAGAGCCGAAGCUGGCCAAGAGGGAGGCGGGCGGUGGUAGCAGCAGGUGGUGGAGGGCAGAACCCAGACCCAGCCGGGACGAAGAGGAGGGGCAUGAUGGGGAGGGCUCCACCCCCGGCCACAGGGUUAGGGUUAGCCGCAGCACUAGCGAGCGCUGGUACCGGCGCAGAGGGGCAGCGGAGCCGCGGUGGGAGGAGGAGAACAGGGAGCAGCUGAACCGGGAAGAGGAGGUGAACAGGGAGGAGGUGAGGCGGGAGGACGAAAGGCCCCGUCUGAGAGUUCCUCAGCGGAGCCAGAGCAUGACCACCCGUGGGGUGUUAUCCAGGCUAGGGUGGAGGCCCACGGCGGCAGGCUCCACGCUGCCGCCCCCCCAGCCCAGGGAGGGCUGUCUGGACCUGGGGGCGCUGCAGCAGGUGCUGCAGGACCAGGAGCUGGCCCUCCGGCUGCAGGAGGAGGAGGAGCGCCGCGCGAGGAGGGGCGUCAGAGAGACCGCUCGCAACUCCUACCACGAGGGGGACUUCAGGGUGGCCCAGGUGGCGCAGGACGAGGAAAUAGCUCGAUUUAUACAAAAACAAGAGAUAAAGUCGAGGAGGCGGUCUCGCGAGCUGGACGGCCCAGCGUCGUGGCGGGAGCACAGAGAGAUGAUUAGUCACCCUGAGAGGACGGCUCCCAGGGACCCCCAGGGUCAGGGGAAAAGACGAGACUCAGAAGACCUGCCCUCCCCCACAGAGGAACACUCCCCAGAGAACCAGCCGCCCAGUCCAAUCUCCGACCUGACGCAAACCCAGGUGAUCAGAAACAUCGCUGAGGAGCUGGACCCCACCUUCAGGGCCCCGGGGCCGGGGAACCCCACGCUCAAAACCGGGCCAGCAGGCCCGUCCUGUCCGUCCGUCCCCGUCCCCCCCUCGGGCCCCAGCUGUGUGCUGGAGGAGCCCACCUUCAUCCCGCCCACCAAGCGCCAGCCGGACAAGUCUGGGCGCAAACCAAAAGAGAAGAAGGAGAACUGCAAGCAGCAGUAGGCCCAACUGCGGUCAGCCAGGGCACCGCACCAAGAACACAACCAGAAAGAGGCCUUUUCAGGGACAUCAGACACAGAGCUGCAUAGCAGCAGCUCAGCUAGACUAUGGGGCUUGACGUGGGGGAAGUGUGUCUGGAAUAAUCCGGAAGCUGGGUUUUAUUUUUGUAUUUUGUUUUGCCGUCCCGGCUCGCUCGCACAAUACAGGCCAGAGCAGCCAAGGGAAACAGAAUUGUUCCUAAGUUCCUGUUCUGGGGAACGGACUUUUCUGGCAGCGCUGUAGGCACACGAUCCUGCUGUACUCGGAAGGGAAGAGCUACAGCCUCUCUGUUCUUCAGUGUUGACGAGGGUUUAUUUAACUUGUGUAUCUAUUUUAUUUUUUUCUGUCUUUUAUAAUGUUUCUUUAUUGCAUGGGAGAUGUAAUGUAUGCAUCUAAGGUUUGUAGGUACUAUUUCUCUAUUAGUUGGUAUGAGUGAUUUACAACUGCUCAUAAACUGCAACUAAUCUCAAGUCUCAAACUCACCUACCGCGGGCCAGCGGUUGGUGAAUAUGACAACGCAGAUUACUAGAAAUGGCUGUUUAUUGUAAUUUAUUGUAAUCUCUAAAUUAUAUAUUCUCAAUUUACAGUAUAUGUCAGUAGCAACAACUAUGUUUUAACAUUCAUCCGCCCAUGUAGAUACAGAAAGCUUAUUUUCACAAAUGUAAGACGAUAUGUUGAUUACAUUUAUCACGUCGACUUUAUAAAUGUUUUUGAGCAAAACAACUGGUGUUUUUUGGGGGAGGUUUUUAUGUUGCUGUUCGAUUCUAAGCUUUUACGGGACCCAGUUUACUGUAAUGUUGGUUGUUAUAUUCUAAACCGGUGGAAAGCACCCACAAUGUUGCAAUUGAAUGUCAGAGGUUUCAUUUAAGAGUACACCUACUGGAAAACAAACAGGAAAUUCCAUAGAGAUAAGGAAUAAACAAUUACUUGAUUACCGAUGCAGGAAUUGGUAACGUGAGAGUGGUGACAUCUGUUUGGGAAAGACAGACUAUUCUAGUUUUUUACUAUCAAUCCAAUAAUCUUUUUCUACGUCAGACAUUAAGGGUUUCAAUAACUGUUAAACUGCAGGACUCCACCUUUCUACAAUAAUAAUAAAACUACUCUACCAACACAGUGAAACCAUCAUCUGAUGAGUCACUGAUUGUUAAUGUAUUUGUCACCGCCGUUUCAGAGAAUGAGUCAUAAUUUUGCUUCAAGGAAAGUAGUAGGCAGUAUUUCUAGCGAUAUGCUUUACAGAAACCUUUAUUCAUAAAUAGCAAACCAUGAUGACCUUAUAAAUACAAUGCCCACACUGUGACGAGUCCGCACUUACCAGGAAACCACUGCGUUGUUCAUUCAAAACUCCAUAAAAAUUUGUCAACAUUGCAUGUUAACACUCAUUUGCUAGAACAUUUACAAAAUGGAUGUUCAACCAUUUUAUUUUCCUUUUAAGAUAGUUAAUCACCUUUAACUCAGUUCACUAAGUGCAGUUGUUUUGUAACUGAACGAAAUUGUAACCUCGACUUAAAAAAGCAAUUCCAUCCUAUUUACAUUACAAAAAACGUAUUUACAAUUGAUAAUAACACAAAAAUGUCCAACAGGUAUAAAGAUUUCCGUAACAUAAUCCGUUUCAACUGACUAGCAGAUGGAAACACAAUGAGCUUCAGUAACCUUAUUCUUCAUCCAGAUUUCACUACUCUGAAGAAUGUAGGCCUACAUCGAAAGCAUCUAAAAUUACAGCGAAUCUAUGUCCGAAAAACAGUAUGAUGUAAACCAAGGGAUAUUUAAAGUCCGCUGGGCUAUAUUACAGACACAUUUUAUACACUUAGUCCAGCCUCACAUGGCAAGCAGAGAACUUGUGAAUCUGUGUUCCUCUAUAACCCUGUUUAACAAAGGAUUGCCACAGCCCGAAUUACACAGUAAUAGGCGAGGCUCCUCCAGCCGUGGCUGUGUGAACGGACGGCUCGUCUUCCAGUCCAAGGUAUCAACGGCAGCUCCGGGGGGAUCUGCUCGUUGAUCCAACAAUUCUUUGGCGUCCCAGAGGGGUCCAGGGCCUGGGCAAUUCACACAAUGAGCUUGUGCGUGGAGCCCUCUGAGUUCUCGGAGGCCAGGGACUCUGAGCUGCUCACCUGCUCGGGCUCGUGGAAGCUGCACUCGACGGCCAUGAGAGUCCUUGGCUCAUCUGGCAGAGUGGAAAGAGUUUCAUUUGAAUGUGUUGAAUAAUAUAUUUAUUAUAUUAUAGAUAUAAAUGUAUGUAUAUGUAAACAAAAAAACUAACAUUAUUAUUCUCAUUUGUCCAUUAGAUAUUAUUUUUGUUAACAAUGUAUUUAUUUUUAUGUAUAUGACAUUUGCUAAGCAGGUUCCGGAGGGGUUUUCAUAUGCAAAACGUUUCCCGCCAUCUGGCACGUGGCUCCAGGAAGCAAUGACUCACCGGUCGGCGUCGUGAUGAAAGGUGGCUUUUUGGCCAUUGUUUGGCCCUUCUUUGCUUUUAAUUUGGUUAAGACUCUGAGCAUCAGUAUGAGGGGAAUGAGCAGAACCACACAGCUGACGGUUAUGACUAACCACCAGGUCAGCAUCGUGUCUUUUUCUGCUUAGGAAGAACAAAAUAAAACCAAUAUUCAAGUAAAUGGAUUGCAUGGCAUUUUAAUACGACCAUGAACAUGAGAAACACACGGCAAGAGCUAGUGCAAAAAAUGAGAAAAAAACAUACCAUUACUCUCUUUAUGUCUUUGUGUCGUAGUCGUCAUUGUUGCGGUGAUUGUUGCGUGAGAAACGCAUCUGCUGUCAGUAUACGCAUCACCCUUGAUCAUGGAUUCAUAUGGGUGGGUGCACUUUCUGAAACAGAAACAAAACACUAAGGUGAGAGGAGCCCGGUCAAUGGCGAGGGAGGGAAGAAACGAAAGACCCAGGGCUGAAUCGUACAUGUUUCUCCAGGGGAUACACUUCUGGUUGUUCUGGUUGUUAAAGGUCCCAGUUGGACACGGCCUGCAGUAGCCUGCACAGAGGAGACAACCGUUACAUCAGUCACUCUUUAAGAGGGACUCGUUCACCAAGACAAGACCUCUGUUAACCCAUAAAGAAAAACUAUGCCUGUUCUUCUUAUACACCGAUGUAUGAGCUUUACUUCAGGAGCAAGUGAAUGAAUGCAUGCAAGAAAGGCGUCUGGUCCUACAGAGACUGAGUGUUUCUGUCUGGUUCUGACCUCCUUGGGGUCCACGGCCUCUCCCACACUGCGGGACGCAGAUGGAGCAGUGCUGGUCGUUACACAGCAGAGGGUCCGGGCAGCCACACUGUGUUUCCUUGGUUCUGGUGCACGCCUCCACGGUGUGUUGAACACCUUCAGCGUUCAGUGAGGGGGAAGACAGAGGGGUUCACAGGUUUGCACACGUGACGUAACACCUAUCACUUAAAUGUGAAAAGAGAUCAGGAAAGUGUAGACUAUAG